AUUGGGUCCAAAAGACUCUUGGCCUUCACGUUAUAACCUUCUUUGCCGCCAAAAGAAGGAAAAAAACCGCAAAACCCUACUGCUCCUUCUCGUGGUCUCCGACUGUGAACCUCCACAGAGCUAAGCUUUUUGUCUCCAGUCAACAACAAAGAAACAGAGCAGGAGCAAUGAAGUUCGCAGUGAAGGCAUGGAGCAGCGGAAAAGCGCGGGCAGGGGUGCUCCAGCUGGGCAGCUGCCCGGGCCCAAUAGAGACCCCUUCUCUUCUCCUCUCUACUAGAAAGGGCCUGCCUCAUUUCAUCCCCCCUGACCUUCUUUACUCUCUUCCUUCCCCUGAUUCCCAUCUCUUCCAUGUUAGCUCCCUCCACUUCUUGGAAGGCCUCUCGCCACAAACAAUAUCAAAGAUAGGAGGCUUGCAUCAGAUGCUUGGUUUGCCGGAACACGGGUUCGUCUGCAUACCAAGGGACUCUAUUCAAUGCCUUCCAGAAUGUAAUAGCAGUAACAAAUUUGGAGCAUCUUUUGAGACUCCUUGCGGUCGCCGUUUGAUUAAACCAGUAGAGUAUGUUGAGUUGAUUUCUUCCUUGAGACCCAAUAUAUGGACUACUUUGGCUGAUGAAGUUCCUACGUGGGUAUCAGAGAAGAGGAACAAGACCUCAGUUGAUCGAACUAUUAGAUGGCUUGAUGAAUGCAUUGCGCUAAAUCCGGCAGGUGGACCUGUCUUUGGAUCCAUUGUUGGAGGGUGUUCUGUAAAAGAACGUGAACGAUGUGCGCAAGAAGCGGCCCGCAGAAAUUUAUCAGGUUACUGGAUCGGAGGUUUUGGGCUUGGAGAGAGCAUGGAUGAGCGCCCUGCUCUCCUUAAUGCUGUUACUGAUAUCUUACAAGAGGAGAAACCACGCUUGAUCACUGGACUUGGACUUCCUGAGGAGAUCUUGCAGGGGGUUGCUGCAGGCAUUGAUGUCUUUGAUUCUACGUAUCUGUGCCAUCUUACCCUUGGUGGCUUUGCACUUACGUUCCCACUAGAUGGAGUUGAGAUGAAUACAUCUGAUAAUAUAGGAAGUGACCAGACAAAGAUUAAUUUGAGAGCAACAGUUUACAGGAAAGAUAUAUCACCAAUUGUUGAAAAUUGUAACUGCUAUACGUGCAAGAAUCAUACAAAAGCUUACAUCAAUCACCUGCUCAAUGUUCAUGAAAUGCUGGCUCAGACUCUACUAGAAAUACAUAAUACUCACCAUUAUAUAGGAUUCUUCCGCUCAGUAAGGGAGGCAAUUAAGUCCGGUAAUUUUGAGCAAUUCAGACAGAAAUUUGUUGAGGGUAGAUGUUACCAUGUUGCUGCCGAAGCUGCUGCUGCCUGCAUGUGAAUUUGUUACUUAAUUUCUACGUUGUAACUUUGAAGGAAGGGAGGGAGGGAGAGAGAGAGAGAGAGAGAGAGAGAGAGAGUGUGUGUGUGUGUGUGUGUGUGUGUUUUACAAUUAGAUUAGAUUGAUGAACAAGUGGAAUAGUGAAACGACAAGGGUCGCUUUCAAAUCAGUGUAAGAACUUUUCAUCUUAUCCCAAUUUGGUAAUU